AGUGCGUUGUUAGGGAUCAUAGCGCCUGGUCAAGCAAAUCAUAAUCUUAGCGGAAAGACGCGGUUUAUGUUCGGGUCAGUUCCGACAAAGGUGGACUUGAUGGACUGGGUCGCUUGUGGAUGUUGCUCACGCUCCAGGGAAACAGUCCAUAAUCGAAUCUUCUCAUGAUGAGCUUGUUGACCGCUCAUCCAGCAGAGUUCGGUGAGCCAGACUUGCUGCACAGUCCAGCCGGAAUGCAGUCGCAGCUUGAUGGGAUAAUGAUAACGGGCGAGGGGGCCGGAGCACCACGGCAGAAUGGUAUGGACGAAGAGACAGAGGAAGUCCCUAUUGUGAGCAGACCAAGGGCAUCGUCUACACGAUCUAACUCUGAGCAUGCUUUCCACGAGGACGAAAGCAAUCAACUCUCUGCGGGCACUUCGUUCUCAUUGCCCAGAGGUCGUGUUUUGAAUGGGCCAUUCAUCGCCAACACCAUGAACACGGACUCCGUUGAACGCCAGGCGAUGGAUGGUGCCGCGUCGCCGGAGAGAUCGGGGGCAUGGAGGCAGAGUCACUUCAGAGCUCGGUGCAAGUCACUUGAUAUGGCUCCGGAUACGAAGAUCUCUUUCAGAAAACACGGAUUUCGCGAAAAACUCUCCACCGCCUUCAGCGAAAGUAUCGACGAUGGUGUUGAUGCGGAGAAAGUUGAUCGCCUUUCCCCAGCCUUUGCGCUUCGCAGCGGCGCCAAACGGCCCUCCCUACCAUCUCCCAUGGCGAGGAAAUCAUGGGCGGCUUCGCCGAGUAACCUACUUCCUAGGAAAGGUUCCAUUGCCUCCAUCAGCAGUGGAACGAGUCAGAUCUUCUCCUUUUCAAAGCGCAGCAUACAGAAAGGCAGCACGGGCGAGGCAGAGAGAGCAGUGAAAGCAAUAGCCGGCCGAGUAGCCAGACGGAAAACGGAUGAGACGAGCCCAGAGGCUAACGGAGACACGGUUGAUGGGAACGCGCAGUGCGAAUCGCUAAAGAAGCAAAUGAUCGACCCAGACCACGAACGCCCCAUGGGCAAUGUGGAUGCCGCAGCGGAUGAUGAAGAUAGCGAUUGUGACGUUAGUUGUGACCAGCAGUACGCUCAGGAAAGGGAGGAACUGGCAGAGCGCAAGAGGGACGUCGAGUCGGCAUUGGCAUGGCUCAAGCAUGAAUUGCAUCAGAUAAGGAUUCAAGACGAGCAGCUGAUGCAGCAAUUUCACAAGCUAAGGCAUGGAAUAUUCCUAUUGCGUCAGCAGAGCUCUGGGCGUCAUUUUCAUCGUACUCUGUCACGGCGGAAGAGAAAAGUGGGUGUCAAGAGUGCAGGAGCACCAUCAUCUAGCAGCAUUGAAGAGCUGUCGCACCAGUCCAGCCAGGCGCAGACUGAGUCAAGUCACGCUGGCAACACUGGAGAUGAUGUUAGAAAUCCAAACAGUCUGAAGGUGGAUGAUGCGAGCAGUAAACCAAGGCAAAAGUCAUUCCUAGAGGCCAUGUUCCGGAUGAGAAGCAGCUCCAUUGGAGGCAGCCAGUCUUCUCUAUGGCAUGUUGAGGAAGUGUCUUCAAUGCCAUCUUCUCCGGUCUGCGCACGGCCCACUUUGUCAAAUACAUUGAGUGAUUCGACGCCGUGUAUUGACACCAUCCUUGACUCCUCUGAUGAUGAAGAAGAUAGCCCUUUCCCAAGCCGCUUAUCGCGAACCCCAUCGGUACGGUCAAGAAGAGGCCGUCGUACUUCAGUGAGCGCUGGUGGCAGUGGCAGCGAAGGAGACUUUGGAGGCGCACGACGCCGUAGCCUGAGUAUUGGAGAACAGUCCGCUGGAAAUCGACGCUCAGCCAUACAGCAUAGCCAAGCACCGCAAUCUGCAACAGCGUACAAGGCUAUUAAGAAGAAGGCUGCGGCGCGCUACGAGCGGAGGCAGUCUCAAAUGACCACGUCAAAGUCCAAUGACUCUGCACUUGAUGCCGGUGCUGCCGACGAAUCUAUUGGAGCAGAGGCUAAAUCUAUUGGAGCAGAGGCUAAAUCUGCCACACUGCUACAUAAGCGCUCAUCAGCAUCGGAGUUGAAGAGACCCCUUUCAGUGCAGAUACCACACAGCAAGAGUGCUGAUAAUCGAUUGCUGGAAACAACACUACUCUCGCCGAGCUCUCCACGUGUUGUGCGAGUGUGUCUAGACGAGGUCAUCCUGCGAACACCAGUCAGGAUUAGGAAACGCUCGAGAUCUCCACAUUCACCUGCACACAGUUCACUACACACUCUAGAAGGUGAUUGCUUGGCUGUAGGUGUCACUGGAACUGGACAUGAUGAAGUGGAUGGUAGAGCAAUACCACACAACUACAUCAAUGGCAUGGGUAGCCUUCCUCGCUCCACCGUGGCUAAGACAACCAGGAAUGGUGUUUCAGUGCGGCCUAACUCUGUUGACAUCAGCCAUGGUGCAAAUGGCAAAGAUGGUGAAUCGCCUAUCCAGUACAAGGGUGGUCACCGUGGAGACAGGCAAACAGAUCAUGGUAACCAUAGUACCACCCCUGGUGUCAUGGCUGAUUCACCUGCUGGUAGACCUGGUGGAAGUUUGGCUGACGAUGACCAGUACCCCGAGUCCGCCAUGCUAGCACGACACAGUGAAGACCUUGCUAUACGGACAGCCGAUUCUGCUAGUUUGUCGGAAGAGACACUAAAACCUGCGGAGAUCUUCUACCCAACUCCUCCUCAACCCGACCUUUCAGAUCGUAAGUAUGGCACACUGCCCUCUCGACGUAGUAAACGAUUCAGUUUUGCUGAGAGUGAAGAGAAAGCGAGAGCACGUGAUGAUUCGGAGCUGACAUUAGGUGAUGAGAUCUUCGGCAUCAUCCAGAACAGUACGAUAGCGUCAAAUCAACUGCUGAACCGCCGUUACUCACAGCUAUCUGAUGACCUCGACUUGAAAGACGAGAAUAGUCCAUCCAAACCGAGCUCUAGGCGCAGCAGCUUCUCUCUGAAAAGGCUGAGCAGUCGACGCAAGAGCCAGACACCUGCGGAGGAUGUGCUACCAGAAAUGACUACAGUGAAUGAGAAAGCAGUCAAGGUGCUCGGCUUGCGGCCACAUCAUCGGCGAGAAUCAAUGCAGUUUUUCGAUCGUGAAACUAUUGACAAGCCAAGUGAUGAGAAGGAUGCCAAGGCGGAAAAAAGGACUCGCAAGAUCUCACGCUGGCGCAAGGAUGACACUGGUGGACCCCAGCGUCCUCGCCCUCGCAUGAGAUCUGUAGGUGCAACUGCAGCAGAGCAUCUACCAGAGGCUGAAUGUGAUUCUCCGGUUCUGACCCACUCACAAUCCCUACAGCAAGAACAACACAGUGCUUCGGGCAGUCCGCAGCUUGCAGCACCACUGUGGGCUACUGCUGAUGUUGAUAUCACCACCUCUUUUGUGAGCAACUCGGAGAAAUUGGCUCGUGCCCGAAGCCUGGACAUUGACGGAGUACAUCCUGCUAGCGUUGAAAGACAACAUCAAGAACAACAGGGACAACAGGAACAACAAGAACAACAGGAGCAACAGGAGCAACAGGAGCAAAGGGAACGUGACCAGUUGAUAAUAGAAAGAAAGUAUUCAAUGCCACAGGUGCCAUCAGCCAGUUACUCUACACUGCCUGUACGAGGGGAGAAAGCGAGGCGGCGAGUCACAAUGUCCACAGGAAUGCUUCACAACAAUGCAAUUCGAAGUGAAAACGAUGCAACGGCGUCAUUGCCAUCUAAAAUAGAGCUGUCAGUGGAAGAACAAGAAAAGCCGGAACAGCGCGAACGCUCUGGUCACAUCAGCUCGAAGAGUGCACCUAGCUUCAAGACGGCUAUGCACAAGAUACGGAAGUCUUUUUCUGGUGGUGGCAUGCGCCGCAGGUCACAUACUGCCGACAAGCCGGUCAAGAUCCGCAAGGGCAAGGCCGGCAAAGUGGACACCAACUAUGAGGUUGUCAAGUCGUCACCCUUGUCUACCCCUGCGGAUGGUCGCAGCAUGGCCAGCAGCCUGUCUUUGCAAGGCAGCGUGAGUGAUCUGCAGGAUGCCGGCUUCAAUGACAGCACUGAUGAUCUGGACACUACCGGCUGGUUAUCACCCUCUCCCGGGGCUCAAUCUGCCAAGCCAGGAUUUUACCCCAUGAGACCAGACCAGUUCCUAAGCUCAAACUUGAUGUGUACUGAACCGGGUGGCCGACCUCGGUCAUUCACAGCAAACGACUACUACCUCAGUCGGUCCUUAUCCAAUGUCCUUGAAGCAGACAAUGGUAGCGGCUAUGACAGUGAUAGGGCGCGGAUGGGUUCUUUGGGUGACCUGUGCGAGGAUGUAAAUAAUGACGACUCUGCAGCAAACACAGUCCUUACCCAGUUAUAACACGUAACAUACAAGUAGAUCAGGCCGAAUGGAGCUGCACUGCUGCAUGUCCUGGGCAUGUGUUUCACUGAGUACUGGCCCAACACUGCAGCAGGUGCACGGAGACUGGGCACUUGCACUACACCAUGUGUGCCUGUACUGGAUAGCCACCAGGGCGCAGGUGCCCUGCUUGAUAGCCGGCUAUGCCGGCAUUGCAGCCCUGUUGUAUAUAAGCUAUUGCACCUUAGAGGGACCUUGAACAAACUACCGGCAGUGGUGCUCACUAUCAUCUUGAACGUCUCUCAUUACUACAACCGUACAGUACGAGCUCGUACAAUGGUGAACCACUCACCACGCACAAAUCCAGUGCCGCUGCUUCCAACUCAUUAAGGACUCAGUACUAUCACUGUCUUGUAGACUGGUUUAUUGUGCAUUGAAUGUGAUAAUUUAUGACUGCUUGCUUUUGAUGGUUCCUCUGAUAUCAUGAUAGUAGGUGUAGGUCUGCCAUGCCACACGUACACAGAGGACAUGCAUAGUCGGCCAUAGAUAACAGUCCCUCAUUGAGAUGUGCAAUUUAUUUCUAACCAUUUCCACCGGAACAAGGAGUUGAAAUAACUUUCAAGCAGUUCAUAACCAAACGUAUUCAACUGUGAUCUCUUUUAUGGAAAACAUGCAUGAGACGCCACCUUCACUGCACCAUGCAGCUACAGUCCAUGCACUGCAGAAAAUCGAUCACCACCAUGCAGGGAGCCCUCUCACUGAUCACCACACUUUCCGUCAUGGUUUCAAACUAACUUCCCUCGGUGUUGGAGUUCAUGCACCUAGA